UGAGAAAGAAAUCGACCUGAUUUUUACUAAAAUUAAACAAAUAAGUCAUCAACAACUAUGGCUAAACAAGAAAAGUUCUUCGGCCCGCUAACACUGCACCAGAAAAGCGAGAAACCAACAAUUUUCAAGGAUAACGAGACUCGUGAAUGCCAGUGCGUGUUGUGUGAAGAGAAGUUCACGUUGCCUGAUGCUGAGAAAUCUUUGCUCACACAUUUCUUCAUGGACCAUAGGCUGGUUAUAGCCGAUGUGAACCAAAUAGCGGAUUUGUUUGAAUACUUGAGAUACUGGCGAUUGCGGUUUAGAGAUGAAAGUCUUGCUUACUUCUGUACUACAAUGUUAUUGGACAGCAAGCCUGAUGGAACAAAAUCUAAAGACGAGGAAUACUACUUGCUCAGCGAUGUUCUACCUGAAGACAAGGAGUUACGGUCAAACUUGCAGCAAACAAAACUAGAAAAACUAUUACAAAGGCACCAGUUUGAACGGGAAGAUAAAAAUUACGAAAAAGAAUGCCUAUUUUGUAGAUAUGUCUCUAAAGAUACUAGAGCCGGUUAUUUGAAACAUUUGUUUGAAAAACACAACUUUCAUAUAGCUAAACCGGACAACCUCAUUUUCAUAGAUGACCUCAUAGAUACCGUAGCAUCCAAGCUAGAUAAUCUUCAAUGUAUCUACUGUGAAGGUUCUUUUAAAGACCGGAUUAUUCUCAAAGAACACAUGCGGAAAAAAGGACACAAAAGAAUCAAUCCGGAUAAUAAGGAGUAUGAUAAAUUUUUUAUGGUAAAUUACAUAGGUGACAAACAAACUAAGCAUAAAUAUCAGAAACACCAUAAUCAGAAACUAAAUCACCAAAGAACCAACCCUCCAGAGGAAAAUGACCGUGAUUCCAAUGUGGACAGUGAUCCGGAGUGGUCAGAAUGGACCGAAGAGAAUGGCCCACAGAUAACUUGUCUCCUUUGCGAGCAUACAGAAAUGGAAUACGAGAACAUUCUAGACCACAUGGAACGUAAGCAUGAUUUUUCAUUCACAAAAUCUACCGCAGGCUUAGAUUUCUACCACAAAAUCAAGAUAGUCAACUACAUUCGUCGGCAGAUACAUUUGAAACAGUGUUUAUCAUGUGAAACCGUCUUUGAUGACUCGUCAAAUUUAGAGAAACAUUUAAAAGAAAUGAAACACUGGGAACUUGAAAAAGAAAAGUGGGAUCAGCCGGAAUAUUAUUUUCCGACGUAUGAAGAUGACUUGUUCCUGUGCUUUAUCCAUGAUGAUGAUGAGAGCUGGUGGGACACCGAUGCACAGGCAGCUGAGAGGACUGAUAACAGUUUUUCCGAUUCUAUUUCUAAAGAGAUGGCUAUGGCUGUUUUAAAUGAAUAAAAGAAUCAGUUCAGGUCAUAAAAUCUAUUAUGUUCAGGUAA